CGGAAAGGGAUGAGCGCAUCGACAUCGCUGAUACGCCGGCCUCGUCGCUGCAAUGGACGUGCUCCGCACCACGAAUGUUUGGGGUCCGAUUUUGGGGUCAUUUCGAAUCUACUGUAUAUCCCGUUGGCGCCCACAAGGCUGAGGCUUUCCAGCCUUGCCGGUUACACCCACCGCGCUUCUUCUUCUUCUCCUCACACAAUUGAAAGACGGUCGGGUUGAGUCGUGAAAAGAGAAAUGGCAACCUCAUACGCGUCGUUGACGACAACCUUCAGCGCGCCGACGGCCUGCUGGACUGUGCCGUGGGCUGUAUUUGGGACUCCAGUUUGGCUCAAGCAAGGUGGCGAUCUGAACUCUACCUGCUUCCCGCCCGGCUUCGCCUUUUCUCCAGCGGAAACGGGGACGUUGAUCUACUCACCCGGUAUAUGUCCGUCAGGCUGGUCGAGCGCGUGUGAGAGCGAGGCCACUACCUCCGACACCACGCAAACCAUCGCCUGGUGCUGUCCUACAAACUAUGGCUGUGUCGUCAGAAACCCGGAUCACGACUGGGAAGCGAGCUUCGGCUGCGUGUCGCCCUUAUCGACAGUCGACCGGUCUGCGUACAAUAUCCCAGAUUCCGCGGUCGUCGUUACCAGUAUGUAUCAAAUGCAGGUUAUGAUAAUCACCGCAACACCCACACCUACAUCCACAACCUCCUCACAGACUUCCAUCGCCAGCCCCGCGUCAACAUCCGCACCUACCAGCUCACCAACCUCAACGUCCACCUCAUCAUCCUCCCCAACGUCAGGCGGCGGCAGCGGUGGCGGAUUGUCUAGCGGUGCGAAAGCAGGAAUCUCAAUUGGCGCCAUCGCAGGAGCAACGAUGCUCGCACUUCUCGGAUACAUUGCUUGGCGUCUCAGCCCAAAGAAAUCAAAGGAAUCCGGUUCAGCGAUGGAGUACGCGGCACCAGCGUACACAGACCAUCCGUCCGCUACGUGGUAUCAGCCGCCUGCGGAGAUGGGUGCUACGGAGCGGGCGGAGAUGGAUGCGGCGGAGAGGAAACCGCCGGAGCAGUUGUAUGAGAUGAGGGGGAGUUGAGGAGAUAUCCGAUCUUCGAUACCUAUCUCAUUUUAUGUUAGCGUGCGUGGGUGGUUUUCAUUGCACCAAUACCAAUUGGAAUUGGGAAGGUGUGGCUGGGACUGGUGGUCUUUUCCUGCACCGAUUCCACCCUGUGAGCUGGAGUUGAGCUGGAAUUUCGGGACGACUCCCGGAUGUAGGGCUUGCAAUUCAGCCAAUUAUUCGCUAUGUCGCAUUGCUGGUGUCUCGAGGUCCAAACCGGUGGGCUUGCAGUAGCUCUCAUCGAUCUAUCAGUAGUGUUUGGCGAGACAUUGGACUGGCCGGAGUAAGACCGACAUAAAUAGUCGGCGACUGAACUUAGUCUGCCGAGGUAUAC